UUAAUUCUGCAAGUGGUUCUGAUUUACUAUUGCUGUUCUCUAGCUGGUCUAAAACCCAUUUUUGACCUAAAGAGACGCUUUUUGGUUGCCAUGGACUUUUCUCAGUUUCCAGGCAGAAAGAACAGUAAAAAUGCAGGCAGGGCACAGGACAAAGCACUAGGGACAAAAUGUAUGUGAAAUGGUUUGAUACAUGAAUGUCACUUUUUGUCAUUUUCAAAUUUCCCGCCGUUCCGUCCCCCGUAUGUCCCAACGUUCACAGGGGACGGAACCCAGAUGACAGAUGUCGGCAUCUGCCGGAUUACAUUGCUGGGGACACUGCAGGAGGGACAU